AGCUGAUGCAAGUCCGAAACUCCUUGAACUCCAUAAGAUCGUUCACUCUAUCUACGGGGGAAGUCGUCACCUAUCCAGUGGAAAUGGGAGCAAUUGCUAUCUCACACUUCAAGCAGCUCUUCGCCCCUUAGACAACGCUCACCUCUCACUGCCCCCCAAAUUAGUUUCAAGCUCUCUCUUCCUUCCGCUGCCCUGAAACAAAUGCUCAUUCAAUGAUACUGCUACCAACAAAUGAAGAAAUUGAAAGAAUGAUAUUCAAACUAAUGCAAACAAGGCACCUGGGCCAGAUGGUCUUACCUCUUGAUUCUUCAACGCAUCUUGGAACCUCCUAAGAUCAGAGGUCAUCACAUAUGUCAAACACUUUUUCCUCACAGGUUUCCUCCCAUAUUCCAUCAAGACAGGAUGAAUAACUUUGUAAGAAACUUUAUUUGUAAGAAACUUUAUUUGGAUACAUAAAGUAGUAGAGAAUCACCAGGAAGUUGAAUAAAUCUCAUAGGAGUUGGGAUGAAGAAGUUAUAUUAUUUUUAUUUAUCCCAACUCCUCACAGGUUUCCAAACAACUAUAUAGUUAUAUUAUUUUUAUUUAUAUUAAAUAUGAAAUUUAUAUAAGAUAUUAUUUAAUUAUUUAAUUAUUUUAAUCUGUUUUCUUAUGAAUUUUUAAUAAAAUUUCUGUAAUUCAUUUGAUUAAUUGUGUGAUAUAUACUUAUUUGAUAAAUUUUAAUUAUAAAACUUAUUUGACGUCAAUUUAUUGACUUUAAAAUUUUAUUUGUUUAAAACUUAUUGUAUGUCAAUUUAAACCAAACAUAAUCUCGCGUACAUAAUUAUUAAUUAUAUAUUUUUAAGAGUAAAAAUAAUCUAAAAAUAAGAAUAUAAUAUGAAAGUUUUACUGAGUUUAAAUGAACAAACAAAUCAGAGUGGCGCAGCAGAAGCGUGGUGGGCCCAUAACCCACAGGUCCCAGGAUCGAAACCUGGCUCUGAUAUAUUAUGUUUAUAUUUUUAAUUGGGUGUGAGUAAUACUAGGAUGGGUGACCUUCCGGAAAGUCCUCGUGUUGCACCCCUUAAAACAUUUUCAACAAAAAAAAAGUUUAAAUGAAUGCCAAUAUUUUUAAUGACAAUAUAAAUAAAAUAAUUUAUUAAUUUUAUUAAUUUUAUAUUAAACAAAUAAAAAUUUGGAGUCACUAAAUUGACAUCAGUUAAGCUUUAUAAUAAAAAUUGAUCAAAUAAGUAUAUAUUUUACAAUUAAUCAAACGAAUUACAUAAAUUUUAUUAAAAAUUUAAUAACAAAACAGAUUAAAAUAAUUAAAAACAAAAUUAAAAUAUCUUAUAUAACUUUCAUAUUUAAUAUAAAUAAAAUAAUAUAAUUAUAUAGUUUUCAAAUACACUAAAUAAAAAUAUUAAAACACUAAUUAUCAAAAUUUUGGAUAACAUAUUGAUUUUUUAAAUCAGAUUUUGUUAAAAUUAUUCUUACGCUUUUCAAACGCGGAUCAAAAUCUAAUUUUAGUUAAAUUACCGUCAAGUACGUCAUAUUUUAAUUGAUAAAACGGAAGAUUUAAACGGUCUUUGACAUCCACAUCACUUUUUGGAUGAAUGAAAUUAAACUCCUAAUUUUAACUACAUAACAUCAUUAAGUUGAGAGAUGUUUCCUUGCAUAAAAUAUACUUCGUGUAGCUAGGUAUACAUUAGUUUAGUUUGCAUAGUUAGCCAUGUGAGGACCAGUACUUCGUGUAGUCAGCAAUCAUUUUUUCUUUAAUAAAAAACAUAGUAUAUGUUUAUAUGGACCAACUUAUUUGUCUAACAAUUCUAAGAAUCAUUCUCGUGAUGAUACGUGACUACAAAAACAUAUUGUAAUGCUCCAUGAUUAAUAUGUAGGGGAUCCGUUUUAUAUUUUCCACGUUAUCCAAAAUAGUUUUCCAUAUUCUAGAGAAAACUUUUGUUUCAAAAAGAUACAUAUUUUAUAUUUUCAAUGUAAUUUUUAUCAAGUAAUAAUGAGAAAUUAUGAAGUUCAAGAACAUUAAUUGUAUUUUCUAAAAUUUUAUUGGUUUACAAAAAUAGGAAAUGUAAAAUUGCAAAAAACUAUAGCUAAAUUUUAAUAUAUUUUAUUAAAAAGUGUGAAAAUUAUAAAACAUAAAUCUUUUAGGAAUGAAGAGAGUAUUGUUUAGUUAUUGUCAAUUAAAUAUGUCAAACUUUGGUCAUAUAAAUACCCACUUGCCUCUAAUCAUAUAUGAUGCUAUAAAUGUAAAAAAUAGAUUUUUCUAGUUAGCUUUAUAUAUUUAUUAUCGAUGUUAACACUUUCCAACUUUGGCCUUUUUGAUAUAUGGCUCUCUUUCUACAGAACUUUUCCCUCUCUUUCAUUACAGUUCACGCAAUCUCAUUAAAUCCAAAAAGCUGAAGACAAUUAACCAUAAACACACAAAGACAGAGAAAAGAAACCGAAACUGUCUGGAUCAAUGGCUACCGUCGCGGCGGUAACACCGCCGGCGAAGCGAAGAAGAACCGACGGCGGAAAAGAAAUCGCCAUAAUCGAAGGACUUCCCGACCACGUAUCAGAGAUAUGCCUUUCCCUCGUCUGCAGCCCGUCAUUACUCGCCGCCGUUUGUACACGGUGGCGCCGCCUCGUAUACUCCCCCGAGUUUCCACCGUUCCCGUCUCUCUACGCGCUUUUCGUGGAUUCGAACUCGGAUCCAGCUCGGGUCAACCCAGCUAUCCGGUUCAUGUGUUUCGACCCGGUUUCUUCUAAAUGGGAUCCGCUUCCUCCUCCUCCACCCGACCCACCUCUUCACCGGAUUCUCUACCGUCAUCCGUCGUAUAUUUCAUUUAACUUUCCGAUUCAGUGCGUUUCCGCCGCCGGAAAACUCGUUCUCAUCGCCGCGAGUAACCGGGAAUUCUCUCCGGCGAUGUCCCACCCUCUAAUUUUCGAUCCAGUCUCUUCUACUUGGACCUCCGGGCCUCCAUUAGAAUCCCCGAGACGGUGGUGCGCAACCGGAGCUUGCGGCGGAGUCGUAUACGUUGCUAGUGGUUUGGGUUCGCAGUUCUCCCCAAUCGUCGCGAGAUCGAUAGAGAAACUUGAUCUCACGGAUCAUGAUCGGAGUAACUGGCAGAAGCUAAGAGAGAUGAGAGACUCACGGUUUAGCCGUGAAGCCAUUGACGCGGUUGGAUGGAGAAGGAAGCUUUUAAUGGUGAAUGUUAAAGGGGGUGCGAUUAAAGAAGGAGCUAUAUACGACGUCGUUAGCGACGAUUGGGAAGCGAUGCCGGAGGAAAUGGCGGCGGGAUGGAGAGGCCCGGUGGCGGCUAUGGAGGAGGAGACGCUUUAUUCAGUUGAUGAGAGGAAUGGAACAGUGAGAAUAUACAAUGAGGAGGAGAGAGAGUGGAGGGAAGUAACGGUGGUGGAAGGUGGAGAACAGAUGCUUAAAGGAGCUCAGCAAGUUACGGCGUUCGCCGGCAAACUCUGUGUUGUUAACGUUGACGGAAGUAUUGUUGUGGUGGAUGUUAUGGCGGAGCCGGCAAAGAUUUGGACCGUGGAGAACCCCGAAGGGCUUGAACCGGUUUCGGUUCAUGUAUUGCCAAGAAUGAGCCGACCGGAUAUCAUCUGACGUAUAAUUUUUGAAUACAGUAUUUGUUUCUUUGGUAUAGGGAACUCUAAUUUUAUUCGAUAUUUUUUAUUCCGUUAUUUCUGCGGGAAAGUAUCAUCUUGUCGUUAUUUUAUCUUCGAGUCAAAGUCUUACUAUGAUGUUAGAUUUUUUUUUUUUGGCACAUGAUGUUAGAAAUUUAACAUCUUUGUUUUUCUGUUCAAAUAUUUUUUUUUGUCAGCAGCAUAAUAAUAAACUAAUAUAGAUUUUGUAAACAAAAUUGGUAA